GAUACUUUCCUUUCGAAGUGCACCUUUAUAGCCCAAAUAGAAGAAAUAUUUAGAGGUAUUUAGUUAAUUCUAAUAGAGGAGCAAAAAUUAUUAUCUUAAAACAAUUUUAAAAUUCGUGAUAAAUACUCUUAAGAAGAAUUAGUUUGUGUCUAUGCAAUAUAUAAAAGAAGCCAUCAAAACAUCAAGAGAUCUACAUUUCCUUGGACAUUAGAACGAAGUUAACGGUUUUGUCUGCUGAAUCAGUGAUUGAAGACACUGAUGGAAAACUUUUUGCAUGCUCGUGAUAAAGUAGGUGUCCAAGAUUUUGUUCUCUUGGAAGACUACAGAAAUGAGGAGGCAUUUGUUGAUAAUAUACACAAGAGGUUCAAAGAAAAUCUUAUUUUAUACAUAUAUUGGACCUGUUGUAGUCUCAGUAAAUCCCUAUAAGGAUUUGGACUUAUAUACUAAUGAUGUUAUUGAGCAGUAUAAAAAUGUGAACUUUUAUGAGCUGCCACCUCACAUAUUUGCUAUAGCAGAUACUGCAUUUCGUUCAAUGAGAGAGGAACGUAAGGAUCAAUGCAUACUCAUUUCAGGAGAGAGUGGUGCUGGAAAAACAGAGGCAUCAAAAAAGCUAUUGCAGUAUUUAGCUGCUGCAAGCCACCAUGCUCCUUCUGUUGAGAAUGUAAAAGAUAAACUGCUGUUGUCAAAUCCAAUUCUUGAGGCUUUUGGGAAUGCUAAAACUAAUAGGAAUGAUAAUUCAAGUCGUUUUGGAAAAUAUAUGGAUGUAGAAUUUGAUUUUUUGGGUACUCCUUUAGGUGGUCAUAUUUUGAACUAUUUGUUGGAGAAAUCUCGAGUAGUACACCAGAAUCAAGGGGAAAGAAAUUUUCAUAUCUUUUAUCAGCUUCUGGCUGGAGCUGAUGAAAAUUUUCUGGAGGAUUUACAGUUAAGAAGAGAUCCUUCUGCUUAUUUUUAUCUCAGUCAGGGUUUCAAUUCAAAAGUGAGAACAAUUGAUGAUGCAGAUCAAUUCAUAGUAGUUAAAAAGGCUAUGGAUGUUACAGAUUUCACUGUUGAAGAACAAGAUGCAGUAUUUGCAAUUGUAGCUUCUGUUCUUCACUUGGGUAAUGUCGGCUUUCUUGAAGAAGAGGGUCAAGCAGUUUUAGCACAUGAGAAACCAAUUCAAGCUAUAUCUAAGCUGCUUGGAUGUCCAUCAGCAGUACUGAAAGAUGCUCUUGUUAAUAAGACAAUUGAAGCUAAUAAAGUAUUAAUUCAGAGUCCAUUAAAUAGAGAUCAAGCUAUUUACGCUAGAGAUGCGUUGGCAAAAGCCUUGUAUGAACGCCUUUUCACAUGGCUUGUGGCUAAAUUAAAUGCUUCUUUACAAUCAGGUACUAAAAAGAGGAAGACUUUAAUGGGCCUGCUAGAUAUUUAUGGUUUUGAAAUAUUUGAGAAAAACAGCUUUGAGCAGUUCUGCAUCAAUUAUUGUAAUGAAAAGUUGCAGCAAUUGUUUAUUGAACUCACUUUGAAAUCUGAGCAAGAAGAAUAUAAAAAAGAAGGCAUUGAGUGGGAGCCAGUUGAAUAUUUCAAUAAUAAAAUAAUUUGUGAUCUUGUAGAAGAACGGCAUAAAGGGAUUAUUGCUAUUUUAGAUGAAGAAUGUCUUAGACCUGGUGAGGCAACAGAUGCAACUUUUCUCUCAAAGCUGGAGAAUGGAGUAGGAAAACAUCCUCAUUUUAUUUCUCACAAUACUGCAAGUGGCAAGUUAAGGAAAACUAUAUCUCGAAAUGAAUUCCGAUUGGUACAUUAUGCUGGAGAUGUUACUUACAAUGUUGAAGGCUUUUUAGAUAAAAACAAUGAUUUAUUAUACAGAGAUUUAAAAAAGGCUAUGACUGAAUCAAGAAAUUUGAUCGUUAAGCAGACUUUUACGUUAGAAGAGAUAUCUGUCAAAAAACGCCCCAAUACUGCUGCUACACAGUUUAAAAUAAGUUUAUCAUUGUUGAUGAACAUUUUGAUGUCGAAGGAGCCUUGGUAUAUUCGAUGCAUUAAGCCAAAUGAUAAUAAACGUGCAAAUCUUUUUGAUAAGACUAUUGUUGCACACCAGGUAAAAUAUUUAGGUUUGAUGGAAAAUCUGAGAGUGCGUAGAGCAGGUUUUGCAUAUCGUAAAAAAUAUGAAGAUUUUCUGCAGAGGUACAAGUGUUUGUGUCCUGAAACAUGGCCUGUCUAUAAAGGGCAGCCUAAAGAUGGUGUAAAGCUGCUUGUUCAGCAUCUUAACUACAAACCUGAAGAAUAUGCCAUGGGCAAAACAAAGAUUUUUAUUAGAUUUCCUAAAACAUUAUUUCACACUGAAGAUGAAUUUCAGCACUAUAAACAUAAACUAGCUACUAUAAUACAAGCCAAAGUUCGUUGCUACCUUCAGCGAAAGAAGUAUCUGAGCAUGCAGAAAUCUGUAAAUCUUAUUUCGCGAUACUGGAGAGGACAUUUAGCUCGAGAAUUGUUGGCAAGAAGAAGAUGGGCAACUGUAGUGAUCAGAAAAUUUAUUAAUGGAUUCAUCCAUAGGAAUGAACAUGAAAACAAGCAUAAUAAAUUUUUCCUUUGGAAUGUCAAAGCUGAAUAUCUUAAACGUUUGUCUUGCAAUUUGCCUACAUCUCUUCUUGAUACAUCUUGGCCACCUGCUCCAGCAUCUUGCAGAGAAGCUUCUUCUUACUUAAAAAAAUUGCAUAAAACUUGGUUGAUGCGAAAAUAUGUAAAGAGCCUAACUCCAGAAAGAAAAUUCCAGUUGGAUCAGAAGAUUGUAGCUGAAGAAUUGUUCAAAGGCAAGAAAGAUAAUUACAUUCAAAGUGUUCCCAAGCCUUUUGUCUGCAGUAGAUUAGGUCAUGACAUUGAAGGAAAACUGCUUACAGUGCUAGAUAACAAUACCCAGUCAAUCAAAGAAAAAAUUGUGUAUAUGUUGCCUGUAACCAAAUAUGAUCGGCAUGGAUACAAACCUCGGCCAAGAGUGUUAGUUGUAACAAAAGAAUCAUUGUACUUACUGGAUGGAAGGAACUUGAAAAUAAAACAACAAAUAUCAUUAGAUAAUCUUAAAGGCAUAUAUGUAAGUAAUUAUGCUGAUGGUUUUGCUAUUUUGAAUCUACUUUGCAUGAGUAAAAAAGAGAAGGGUGAUCUCAUAAUUGACUGCCAGCAAUAUAUUGUAGAAUUUGUAGUCAAAUUAGUAAUGGCAUGCAAGAAUAAAGGUCUUCUACGUGUAGUGGAUACUGGUUGCAUACCACAUGAGAUGUUUGGAGGAAGGCAAGGAGUUGUGAAUUUUUGUCAUGGAUCAGCAGGUUCAGUUGCUCGUGCAAAAGAUGGUAGUUUAAAAGUUACUUUACCUGUAUCCUGACAACACUGAUGUUUUCUCUAAUACCUAAAGUAUCCAAGACUUGCUUUGUUUAGAAUUUUAUCAACAGUUAUGAAAUGCCAGUUUUUGCGUGCUUCAAAUAUGAAUUGUUACUAUAUUGGCUUGCCAUAUUAUAGCUUCAGUAUGCAUUCUUGCAAAGAUAGCAUAUAAGUAGAUAUUUUCUAGUCUCCUAAGAAAUACUUCAGAUAUUGGUUCAUGACUUUUCUGAUAUUGACCAUAGAAAAUUAAAAAAUGCAUUUUGUACAUAACCAGAAGGCAUAUUACAUAACUAAACCACAUAAUUCAAUGUAAAAUAUCUAUAUUAAUAAUUUGCAUAUUUAUGAAAAGUGCCAUACAUGAGUUACAUGCUAAAGCACAAUUUGUCAAUCUCUAAAAGGCCAGAGAUAUUUAGAGCCAUAUUUUUUUAAUGACAAAAAGAAAUUUGUUUUUGUUGAGCAUUUCAAUGGUUGAAAUUUGUUAUAAGUUCAUUUAAGAGUUCUGUAAAAUAUGUAUUUUUAUAUUGUAUGUUCAAAAUAUUUUUAUAUUGUACUACUCAUAAUUUACUUAAUUUUUUAAACCUUUUUGAAGACUGAGUUGAUGGCAUGAACUGUGUUAAGUCCAAAAUGUAUGAAUGAAUUGAUAUAUUUUAUGAGAGUUGCAUUUGCCAUAUUUUAUUAUAAAUAUUUUAUAUCUGAAUUGUAAAGGUUAAAUAUGAAAUUUUUUUUGUGAAAUUUAUUGGAAUUCUUCAUCAGAAAUGAAAAGCACCAUUCAUCUUUCUGAAUUUUCUUAUUUGAGAGAAUAAGUUACUUAAAUGUCUCCUGCUUUCAUGUUUUAAAUACCUGCAUUUUUUCUUGUUUUUAUCUUUCAAUGCCGAUAAUGUAAUUUUUUUCUUUUCCUUUAUGACAACUUAAUAUGCUUUUAGUGAAUUUUAAAAUACACAACCAUGUAAAUAUUUUAAAACAUUAUUUAGUAUAAUUUAAGAAAAUUAUUUUCAUUAAAUAUUACAUCAGACAUGUGCAUAUUUUAUAACUGAGGAACUCAAAAUUCUCCAUUCUGUUCUAUUUUAUCCAAAGCAUAUAGCAUUUUCUUGCAUAAAGUAGAUUACAUACUAAAAUUUGUAACUCUAAAUUAUAGAGAUAUUUUAGAUUCUGUCUAUUGUAAUUAAUUCAACUGCCAAAUCUGCAUUGUUAAUUCUCAUUUCACAUAAUUUUUUAAAUUUUCAACAACAUUAAGUCAUUGCUGAAUAUGCUUAAUUGAAAAUCAUAUUUGAACAUAUUUUAUAAAGGCAAUAUAUAUAAUAUAUAUAUAUAAAUGGAAAAAAUAGGAAUGAUUUAGCAUGUUUUGUAUAUUUUAAAUCAUUUGAAUUUAAAAAUGUUUUAAUUUUGUAGUAUAUUGAAGGUAUUAGCUAAUAGAAAAAUGUGUCAUUUAAGAGCAGUCUUCGGGAAAGGAGGAAAAAAAAAUAUGUGACAGUUUAAGUUUAAAUAAAUUCACAGGACUUUGACCAAUGUUGCAUUUAACUAGACAUGUGUUUACUUAAUAUGUUUUCUUAAAAUCUUGUACUUAAUAUGUAAUUUGCAAAGAAAACUGCCAUGUGAUAUUUUUUGAUUUUAAGAAAAUAAAAGAAUUUAUUUGCCUGAA